AAAGGCAGGAGUGCUCUGCUGUCCUCUGCUGUUGGCUGGUGCUCAGAGAAGCGUUCGUGCUGCAGUUCCUACAAGACCCAAUCAAACGGAACGGUAACCACGGCACAAACAUGACGAUGGGGGAGCGCUGCGCUAGCAAAUUGCGGAUUAUUGGGUCGGUAUUUGUGAGCCUAUAUUAAAAACAAGUGAAACGAAAGAGAGGUAUGAUGAAGAUGAUGAUGAAGAUGAUACGCCAGGAAUCGAGUGCGCGACCGUUGAUCGCUCUCAUGAGAUGCUGAUGAUGGUCAGGCGACCUGCGUGAUUUCCUCCCGCUGGAGCUUCCUGGUUCCUUUGCAUCACCUUAUCUGAGUCCCAGCCAACCUGACAGAAUGAUUGAAGAGGGAAGUAAAAGCAGCAAGUCCAUGGUGGAGAAGAGACAGCUCUUCAUGGAAAUGAGGGCACAAAACUUUGAUGUUAUUCGCCUCUCAACGUAUAGGACGGCAUGUAAGCUACGAUUUGUUCAGAAACGAUGCAACCUUCAUCUAGUGGACGUGUGGAAUAUGAUCGAAGCUUUCCGUGACAAUGGGUUGAGCACGUUAGACCACAACGUGGAGAUUAAUGUGUCACGUCUGGAGACCAUUUUGUCCUCCAUCUUCUACCAGCUCAACAAGCGGCUGCCCACCACCCACCAGAUAAACGUGGACCAGUCCAUCGGCUUGCUGCUAAACUUCAUCGUGGCCACUUAUGACAGUGAAGGCCAUGGGAAGCUCACAGUGUUUGCUAUGAAGGCAAUGCUAGCUACGAUGUGUGGCGGUAAAAUACUGGACAAAUUACGUUAUAUAUUUUCCCAGAUAUCAGACUCAAAUGGGGUGAUGGUCUUUGCCAAAUUUGACCAGUUCCUGAGGGAAGUGUUGAAGCUCCCCACGGCGGUGUUCGAGGGGCCGUCAUUUGGCUACACCGAGCACUCUGUGAGGACAUGCUUUCCUCAGCAGAAGAAGAUCUUGCUGAAUACGUUUUUGGAUGUGUUGAUGGCAGAUCCACCCCCGCAGUGCCUCGUAUGGCUACCUCUCAUGCACCGACUCGCUAAUGUAGAGAAUGUCUUCCAUCCAGUGGAAUGUUCUUAUUGCCAGAGUGAGAGCAUGAUGGGUUUCCGCUACCGCUGCCAGCAGUGCCAUGGCUACCAGCUUUGUCAGAGCUGCUUCUGGCGUGGUCAUGCCAGUGGUCCCCAUAGCAACCAGCACCAGAUGAAGGAGCACUCCUCAUGGAAGUCUCCAGCAAAGAAGCUCAGCCAUGCCAUCAGUAAAUCUCUGGGCUGCAUGCCGAUGGGAGAGCCGCCUCACCCUGUGUUCCCAGAGGCAGCGGAAAGACCUCAGGACCUCGCACACACCACCACCCUUGAGAGUCCCAGCAGACUGGAUGAAGAACAUCGUCUGAUCGCGCGAUAUGCUGCUCGUCUGGCAGCAGAGGCCAGCAACUCCACCCAAUGCCCUCCAACUGAUCUGAGUUUCAACUUUGAUGCUAAUAAGCAACAGAGGCAGCUCAUCGCAGAACUAGAGAAUAAAAACAGGGAGAUACUGCAGGAAAUCCAGCGUCUGCGUCUAGAACAUGAACAGGCUUCUCAACCCACUCCAGAGAAAGCCCAGCAGAACCCCACUCUACUGGCAGAGCUGCGACUGCUGCGGCACAGAAAAGACGAGUUGGAGAGGCGCAUGUCGGCCCUGCAGGAGAGCAGGAGAGAACUGAUGGUCCAGCUGGAAGGUCUCAUGAGGCUGCUGAAGGAUGAAGAGCAGAAACAGGCAGUUCAGACGGGGAGUUCGCCCCACUCAUCUCCCAGCCACAGUGCCAGCUGCACCAUGCCUAUGCCCAUCCGCUCCACCUCAGCCGGCUCAACCCCCACACACACGCCACAGGACUGCCUGGCACGGGUCGGAGAUGAUGUGCUGGAUGCCUUCUCUCAGGGUGUACCAAGAAAUCUCCGUAAUGAUCUUUUAGUGGCUGCAGACUCCAUCACAAACACUAUGUCGUCACUAGUGAAAGAACUUCACUCCGUGGAUGACGGUUUGGAGGAUGAAGAGCGUAACAUGCGAAAUGGAAGAGAGAAGGCUGAGUCAGAGUAAAAGAAUAUAGAAUAUUUCAUUGUCAUCGCUGAAGCAUUCCGGGAAAAGGCACUCCACCCCUUCAUUCUAAGCCCCAGGAAAGAACCAGCGACAUCAAAAGCUCUCUGGCAUUCGCACAUAGACAAAUGCAUGCUCUUCCCCAACUGGGUUUCACUAUGUGAAACAAAAUCUUCAUCACACCUUGCACAGAGCAAGUUGUAUUUAUUAGGAAGUAUAUAAAUAUAU